GAUGGUGUUUGUCUUUUAUGCCUAAAUUUUCGUGUGUGAAGUAAACUAUUUGUUGAUUUCGUACAUGUUCUCACGAUUUUAGGCCCAGCUUCAACUUCUGUUGCAUUUCUCAAUUCAUCAUUGCAAAAUGAGAAGCUCAAAUUACAAGAAACCAUCUUGAAUACUUUGGUGUCCUCUAAAGCGCUCAGGUACAUGUAUGGACGGUCCAUUGCAAGACUUCAAAGGGAUCUGUAAUUAAAGCUGCCGAUAAAAAAGAGCCAACCGACACUUCGUGCAACCAGGAGUCACCUUUGAAAAGAGUCCAUUUUGCUUCGGGUCCUCAUAUUGAGGAAAUAGAGACGAAGGCUGAGGACCCAGAGAUGGACACAGAUAAAGAGCCUGAAAGUUCCAAUGUGGCUCGGGUCCCUUCGUUUUAUAUCGGAAAGCCGCUAAAAGAUUACGAUGCCACUAAUGGAAGGAUCCCCAGUAAUCAGACUUUUCUUGUGAUUCGUCGUCGGGGAGCCUCACGUCCUGAUCACGUGCACAGAUUUAACAAGGCAAAGGCGUUAGGUCUACUAGAGCCUGUCAGUUCCGCCAGGCAGUUCGCGAUUAGUGUCGUUACUAAUAGAUACUUUGAAUCAUUCGUGAUCCUCACUAUCCUCGCCAACUGUGUGUUCCUUGUAGUCGAAUGUGCACCAGAGGAAGCUGAGUAUGUUUUCUGUGGUAUUUAUACCUUAGAGAUGAUGCUCAAGAUAUUGUCGCGUGGAUUUAUCUUUCACACUUACGCAUAUCUCAGAGAUGCAUGGAACUGGCUGGAUUUUAUUGUGGUUGCCCUAGGGUACAUCACUGUGGCACCCAACAUUGCCAAUUUAACAGGCAUCAGAACAGUUCGUGUUCUUAGAGCCCUUAGAACUUUCUCUGCCAUGAAAGGUCUCCGAGCGAUGGUGAACACCUUACUCCGUUCUUUGAAGCUUUUGAGUGACGUGUUGGUUUUGUUUUUGUUCUUUCUCGCUGUCAUGGCGCUUAUCGGUCUGCAACUGUUUUCUGGAGAGCUUAGGAACAAGUGUAUUCUUAACACACCGUUCAAUGGAUCCCUAAGCAUGCAGGAACGAGCCCUUAACGAAAGCUUCUGGUUGAUUCAUGAAGGCGAGCCUUUGAUUUGUGGAAAUUCCUCAACCGCCGGAUCAUGUCCAUCAAAUUACACUUGUAUGCCUCAUGCUGGUCCAAACCCGGAUCAUGGUUACACGUCAUUUGAUAACAUUGGCUGGUCGCUGGUCAUGGCUUUACAGAUACUAACGAUGGACUUCUGGGAGAACGUAUAUGAUAAGAUUAUCAGGGCUUCAGGAGCGCUGUAUGUGCCAUAUUUCAUGACUGGUAUAUUCUUUUGUUCGUUCUACUUGAUGAAUCUGGUUUUGGCUGUGGUAUAUUUGUCGUACGAACUGGAACUAUGCUCGGACGAGAAAGAGAGAGAAAAAAGGACACAUCUGAGAAAAACUGCAGCUUCGUACGAAGCUGAUCAAGUAACACUUCAACGCCUAAGCACCCUGGAUGGAAGCAAGCCACCUCUCCCUAUAACUAACAACGUCAAGGACAGACCUCCCGAUGAAACCCCUCUGCAAUCUUCGCCCGAAGAAAAUGAAAAUAAAACCUCCCAGUUACGCCACUGCCUUAUCUCAGCUUGUGCACAGAGAGAUGGUCGCGGAAUUUCCAAAGUACAGUGUAAAGUUGUUGUUCGUACAAACUCCUUUUGGAAGAACCUACGCGAGCGCAUGCGUGAUAUUACUACUCAUUCUGCCUUUGAUGCAGUCAUUGUAGUGCUGAUACUCCUGAAUACUAUAGUUCUGGCCAUGUAUCACCAUGGUAUUGACCCAAAGUUUCGACAGGUCUUGGACUACGUGAACUUGGUUUUCACAGCGUUGUUUGCAGCUGAGAUUGUUUUCCGCUUCAUCGCCAUGGGACCCAUGGGUUUUAUCCGCAGCAGGUGGAACGUUUUCGACACUACAGUUGUAACCGGGAGUUUAUUGGGGUACUUCUACAAAUCUGCUGAAGGACUUAGCAUAUUUCGAACGCUGAGGCUGGUACGAGUGCUUUGCUUAGCUAAGUCAUGGAAGACAAUGGAAAGGCUCAUGAAAGCCAUCGCCAGGAGCGUAGGACCGGUUGGAAAUAUUACACUGAUACUCGGCGUUGUAAUCUACAUCUUUGCCGUACUGGGAAUAAAGGUGUUUGGUAAAGCUUAUACGGUGGAGAAGUUUGGCAAAGAUGGAAUACCUCGCUGGAAUUUCAACGACUUUUGGCAUGCGUUCAUGAUGGUGUUCAGAGUGUUGUGUGGGGAGUGGAUUGAGCCCCUCUGGGACUGCAUGAGGGCCACCAGUGCAGGACAGGCCACAUUAUUCUUUCUUACUGUUCUUGUUGUGGGAAAUUUCAUAGUGCUUAACCUAUUCGUAGCUCUCUUGGUGAACGCGUUUGACUUCAGAGAGACCGAUAAUGAGCUAAAUGACGAAACACAGACUGUAGAUGGUCCGUCAAAAUACUCUUUGUGCAUAAGGAAAGCCUUCCAAACACGAAAAUCUCGUUUGUUUGUUGCAAAGUACGGGGAACCAUUUCGCCUUUACGAACUGCAGGUUCUGGAAAGUAGCCGCUUUCCCAGCAAAGACACCGCGGGCCGCUUAGCAAUAUGCAAUACCACGGAUCAUCCUGAAGAACCAAUAGCUGAGAAUGACACAUGUAAAGACUGCAAAAUUGAUGAAGAAGAUGCAAAUGCUAUCAUGAUGACAUCUGAACCCACACCUGAACACAAAGCGAACUUGCCAACCUCGCAAUUUCAUCAACAUUCAGCAGAAAGUGAGGAAACUCUACCUGAGCCUACCAGUGGUCUCUCAGCCAACCGUCCCACGCGGUACAUGAUGGAAAUUGAUGACUGUCUGCCAGAAUAUUGUAUGGAAUGUCCACUGUGGAAACCAUUCUCCUCGCGACACUUCUGCUGGCUUAAGUUCCGUUGUAGGGUGCGGGUGCUUGUGGAAAAGAAAUAUUUUGAGUGGUUUAUUCUUGUGACAGUGUUCCUCAGCAGCUUUGCAUUGAUUUUUGAAGACGUUCAUCUUCACAAAAAGCCGAGGCUUGCAAAGACUUUGGAAAUAUGCAAUUACAUUUUCGCAGCCAUCUUCACCAUGGAGUUUAUUCUGAAAGCCAUUGGUUUUGGACUCAUUAAGUACUUUUCUUCCGCCUGGAACUGUUUGGACGCUUUUAUUGUUUCGAUCUCUCUCGCCUGUGUUUUCGAAAACAAGAACCUGUCUGUAUUUCGUUCACUGCGCACAUUACGAGCUUUGAGGCCACUAAGAGCAAUCUCACGACUGGAAGGAAUGAGGGUUGUGGUAAACGCACUGUUUGCAGCUAUUCCAGGUAUUGGCAAUGUUCUUCUGGUCUCUCUUCUUUUCUGGUUAAUAUUCAGCAUUCUUGGCGUUCAUCUUUUCUCUGGAAAGUUUUAUAAGUGCGUGGACGCAGACAACGAGCCUUUAUCCGCCCUCGUCAUCCCUAGCAAGGAAGAAUGUCUCAAACACCCAGGAGAAUUUCGCUGGGUGAAUUCGAAAGUGACAUUUGAUAACGUUUUAUCAGGAUUCCUCGCAUUAAUGCAAGUGGCGACCUUUGAAGGAUGGAUGGAAGUUAUGGAAGACGCCGUUGACUCCACUGAGGUGGAUUUACAACCCACAUAUGAAAAUAACUUAGUGGCUUACAGCUUCUUCGUGGCCUUCAUAGUCGUUGGUUCCUUUUUCGUACUGAAUCUUUUCGUCGGAGUCAUCAUCGAUAACUUCAACACGUUAAAAAAGAAGUACGAAGAACUCAACAGCAUGGGGAUGCUACUUACAGAUACCCAGAGAAAAUGGGUCUCUUUCCUGAAGGAAGCCGCCAAGAAGAAGCCACCGACAAGACAGAUUCGCCCGAAGGAGAAAGUAUUUGGCUUGUUAUACGAUGUGGUUACUGGUGACAAGUUCGAAAUUGCAAUUCUGACUGUGAUCAUGUGUAAUAUGGUAAUGAUGACGAUUCAACACUAUGGACAGUCUACCGAGUUCACCAGCGUAUUACGCGUUUCCAAUUAUGUAUUCACGGGGAUAUUUGUUCUGGAAGCCAUUGUCAAAAUUGUGACAUUAAGAUUGCACUACUUCAAGAAACCAUGGAAUGUGUUCGACUUCAUCAUCGUUAUUAGUUCCCUUGUUGACGUUAUUCUCGAUGAGUUCAGUGCAAACGAUGCCACGGUCAGCCCCAGUCUUUUGCGUGUUCUCAGAAUCUUCAGGAUUGCCAGGUUGCUAAGACUAGUAGAGUUUGCCAAGGGUAUACGCCAGCUUCUGUGGGCCCUGAUGAUCUCGUUACCAGCCCUUUUCAACAUCGGAACCCUGCUGUUCAUGGUAAUAUUCAUUUACGCCAUCAUCGGUAUGUCAGCAUUUGGAAAUGUCAAACGAGAAGGUGGGCUUAACGAUGUCGUCAACUUCGAAACGUUUGGUACUUCGCUGUUGCUACUGUUUCGUCUUGCAACGGGAUCGGGUUGGAAUGACAUCAUGGACGCUUUGCUUCUAAAACCUCCAGACUGUGAUCCUAACUACAAGGGACUUCCGCACGGAAACUGCGGUUCUUUCGGCGCCAUUAUCUAUUUAGCCAGUUACGUCAUUAUAGUGUUCCUGGUCAUUGUUAACAUGUACAUCGCCAUCAUCCUCGAGAAUGUAAACCGCGCUCACGAGAUCGAAGACUUCUGCAUCACGAAGGAGAGCUUUGACAGUUACUACACUACAUGGGGAACGUUUGUUCCAGAUGGGAAGCCUUACCUACCGUUAGAUCGUCUUUCAGAGUUCGUGGAUUCUCUUGAAAAACCGUUUAAGAUACCUCAGCCUAACGCAGGUGCAUUGAGGCGUUUGGAUAUUCCAGUGCGCGCUGGUGAACUUAUUCAUUGCUUUGACCUCCUCAAGGCAUUAGUGCGACGCGUUUUAGAAGAGCAUGGCGAGUCGCCUGAAGUUUUCAAGGACAUAACUGUGAGAAUGGAGGCUAGCUUCAACAAAUCUUUUAUAACACACAAGAGAAUCUCCUCGUUUAGUGGCUCAACUAAGACCAAGCUGAGCUUAGACUUGAACGAAACUGUUACUUGAAGCCAGUUCUGGUAAGACUGCAAUUGCUAGCUGAUGAUAUGUGAUCUUUUUGCUGAAAACAGCUCAGUUGGGUAGUAACGCCCAGAUAAUGGACUAGCCUGAUGUGUGAUGUCAACACAGUGGAGGUGUCCUUUGUCCAACAUGGAUGUAAAGAAACAUUUUUAAAUCCGCCGGCCUAAUUAGCUAUAAAUUCAAGGCAGUGGAAUUAGUCAAGUCAAAGUCGUUUCACGCAACAACUAGAAACUUGACUCGCAAAAAUUGACUCUAAAUUUAGUUAUAUGACUAUUAAAACAAUCUGAAUCUCUGCACUUUCCGGGACCAAUGGGAGACGAAGAAUUGGCAUUGGAAGGAAGGAGUGGAGCUUCUGCACCUUUUCCGUUAGGUUUCUAUCGCUCGUAUGCUAGUAUUACUGCGCUAUUUGAAUGGACCCUUCCCAUCCCCACCGCAAAUCGUUGUUCAAUUGGAAUAGAGCUUCUUUUUUGCCUUGUUUUCCACCCACAAAGGUUGAAGGAAAGGUCAGUGCCAAUUUCCAAAAUUUCAAGUAAAUAUUUCAUGUAAAUGGUAACCGCCCCAACAAUUCAAUAUAUACUUACGAAUGCAUAUUUUGCUUUCUUAUAUGUAUAAUCAAGCAAGAAGAAAGGUUUGCUAGCUAGCUGAGGGAAUAGUGUCGAAACACAGAAAGACAAUUUAUGAUCUUAACUUGUUUAUGGACGGAAGAGGGUUCGUCUCUAAGUUCGCGUUUUGAUGUGUAGUAUAGUUGAAUAAAUUACGAGUUGAGCCGGCCGUAUUUUGUCACGCGCACAGGAUGAGUCCAAAUACAGACGAAAACUAAUAAUAAUUAGCGAUAUUACUAACCAAAACGUCCAAUAAGUUAUUUAUUACCCAACUGCUUUUUUGCGCUAAAAUAUCACCGCUAUGGUUCGUAAGUUUCGCUUAACAGGUUAUUAAUUAAGUUUCAUCGCAUCCACAUUUAUUUGCUUUAAUUAUGUGCUCUAGAAUCGACUCCUGAGGAAACGAUCACUUUAAUUAUUGCUGACCAAGAGCGAGUGUAUUAUGUGAUUUGACAGAAUAAACUCUAGAUCCGUUUAUGCAGCGCUCGCAUAAUUUGUCCAUUUCAGUGCGGUUCAUUUUCUUAGUCAGUCCAGCUAAACAAUCAGCUGCAUCACUGUGGUGUAAGUUAAAUUGAAAAAUCUACACACAGACUACGUUAUUUUAUUAUCCAACAACACUCUGUAGGGUACAAA